GUUUGUCUUCUUCUCGCUCUUCGCUUUGAUUGGCAAUUAGAGUGCAGCUUUCCGACAUGCUAAAAGCAGACGAGACUAGAAACUGCACGCUGGAGGGAGGUUUCGGGCGGCGAGUGCUGGCGUUUUUGAUAGUAGUCCUCACUUGCUGUGAUCCGGCCUUUUUGAGCCCGCCACGCCCACAAGCGCGGCCACGCCGGACGGGCCUUAGAGCUUUCAGGGACGAAUUAGACGAUUUUCCAUGGCCAAAGGAGACCAUGGAGGUGAUGAUUGAUGGCCAUAGUCUCAUCGAAUGGUACUGGAAUCAGACCCUGCAGAUAGAGCAGGAUCUCAAUCUGGUCCAUGACAAGUUCACCUUUUGGCCAGCAAGAUUGCUGAAAGCCACGGAGUUGCUGACGCGCCGCUUUGGGCUGGACCGGCCUCCAUCACCCUGGAGUCCCAUAAUCGCAGUCUUUGACCUGCCAGACCCUGGAAAUACAUGGAAUGGAGCUCAGGUCAAGCGCUACAAAAGUCUGUCUCGACAGGGGCCUACAGAAUAUCAUGGCGUCACGCUGGCGUGGUCCAACAGCUAUGUGGAUACGAGCGCCUCAGAGAGCUACCGAUGUGACCGCGAAGUCUUGUACAUGCUGGAAAUGCUGUCGCGCCCAUACCCGCGCCGGCAAGUGCUGGUGACAGCGGAUCCAAUGUUGGCGGAGCGGGCUGAGGAGAUUUGCCAUGUGCGGGGACCUGAAUGGUUCGACCAGGAGCUGCAGACGCUCGGCCAAGAGGGCGAAGUUGCAAGACAGGAAUUAUUGGGCCUGAGCUACGACGAUGAGAAACGAUCCCUUCCAAGGGAUAUGUCACACGCUUUGAAGAUGGCUUUUGCUGCUCGCUAAGCCUUGACAGCGUUGUGAAAAAAAGAACAGAGCCGCUGCAGAGAGGCAGUCUCUUCG